UCUCCGCGGACCCCCCCUCCCCUUUUCCCUUCCUUCGCCUUCCCCUCCCCUCCAAAGCCUUCCGAGAGUUUGGGGAGCCAGCCAUCAACUGCAGCCGCGACCAGAUUUCAAGAGAUCUCCAGUCCAAAGGGGUGCGAAGGGCACGCCGCACGGAAGCCAUGAGCCCCGCCUGCCUGCCUCUCGUCUUCCUACUGCUGCUGGAGAGGACAUCUCGCGCCCACUUCCCCGAAGAAUCUGGGCCCAUCAGCAUUGCUCUGGAGGACUAUGUGAAACAGUAUGCCGUCUUCGUGGGCAACGGACUCGGCCGGUUCGCCGGCCAAGAUGGCGGGUCCGAGCGCCUCCAUAUUCAACGGAUGCUGACCAUCAACCGGACUCUGUUUAUCGGGGAGAGGGAUAAUUUAUACCGGAUCAGCUUGGAAUCUGCUGCGGCUGGAGAGAUGCGGUACCAUCGGAAAAUGACCUGGCGAUCGAAUAAACACGACAUCAACAUCUGUCACAUGAAGGGAAAACACGAAGCGGAAUGCCGGAAUUUUAUCAAAGUGCUGCUCCUACGCAACGACAACGUGCUCUUUGUGUGCGGGACGAAUGCCUUCAAUCCCGUUUGCUCCGAUUACAGUAUGGACUAUCUAGAACCGAUGGGAGACAACAUCAGCGGCAUGGCCCGGUGCCCUUACGACCCCAAGCAUGCCAACGUGGGCCUCUUUACAGGAGGGAUGCUGUUCACAGCCACGGUGACGGACUUCCUGGCCAUCGACGCCGUGAUUUACCGCAGCCUGGGAGACAGCCCAACCCUGCGCACGGUGAAGCAUGACUCCAAGUGGUUUAAAGAACCCUACUUUGUCCACGCGGUGGAGUGGAAGAACCACGUCUACUUCUUCUUCAGAGAGAUCGCGAUGGAAUUCAACUAUUUGGAGAAGAUGGUGGUUUCCAGGGUGGCCCGAGUUUGCAAGAACGACAUGGGGGGGUCCCAGAGGGUCUUGGAGAAACAGUGGACGUCCUUCCUCAAAGCGCGUCUGAAUUGCUCCGUCCCGGGAGACUCUCACUUCUACUUCAACGUCAUCCAGUCAGUCACGGACAUUGUGGAGAUCGAGGGGAGACCGAUGGUGAUGGCCGUCUUCUCCACACCCACCAACAGCAUUCCCGGCUCGGCCGUCUGCGCAUACGACAUGGGCCAAAUUGCAUCUGUUUUCGAAGGUCGCUUCCGGGAACAAAAAUCUCCUGAAUCCAUUUGGACCCCGGUCCCGGAAGAGCUCGUUCCCAAACCACGACCAGGUUGUUGUGCAGCGCCUGGAAUGCAGCACAAUUCCUCCAGUCUUUUUCCCGACGAGAUCCUGAACUUUGUCAAGACGCAUCCGCUGAUGGACGAGUCCGUCCCAUCAUUGGGCAAUGCCCCUUGGAUCAUCCGGAGUGUGGCUCGGUACCAACUCCAGAAGAUUGUGGUGGACAACGCAGCCGGACCGGGACGGAAUUACACCGUCGUCUUUCUGGGCUCCGAUUCGGGAACUGUCCUGAAAUUCCUCAUCCGCGCCAACCUUAGCGCCAGCUCGUCUCCCGCCCGUGCCAGCAGCCACAGCUUGCUGCUGGAGGAAUUUGAGACCUACCCCAGUGACAAGUGUGGGAAGGACACAACCGGGGAACGGAAGCUGCUGAGCAUGGAGCUGGACAAGGCUACGGGAUCGCUGCUCCUGGCCUUCCCGCCCUGCGUUGUGCGGGCCCCUGUGGCCAGGUGCCACCAGCACUCCACCUGUAUGAAGAAUUGCUUGGCCAGCAACGAUCCCUACUGUGGCUGGACGUCAGAAGGCUCUUGUGUUUUUGUGGAACGCAACACCAGGCUGGCGUUCGAACAAGACAUCGGUGGCAUCAAGACCUCUUACCUCGGUGACUGCGAAGGCCUGGUGACCGAAAGCUUUGUGGAUGAACCCAAUGGGCUGGUGUCCGUCAACUUGCUGGUCAUCUCUUCUGUGGCUGCCUUCGUCAUCGGAGCGGUGAUCUCGGGCUUUAGCGUCUGCUGGUUCAUCGGACAUCGAGACCGCAAGGAACUGGCUCGCCGCAGAGAUAAGGAGAACAUCCUUGCGCAUGGAGAAUCCGUGGUCAGCGUCAGCCGGCUGGGAGAUCGGCGCUCCCGGGGACCCGGCGGCCAACCGGAGAACUUGUUGGCUCCGCUCAUGCAGAACGGGUGGCCCAAAGGACUGAUUAAGAUGGGCCCACAUGACCUCGAUUCAGGGGUACUCCCCACUCCAGAGCAGACCCCCUUGCAACAAAAGCGGUACCCCAAGCCGUGCAGCUGGGAGUACAGCCACAAUCUCAUUAACGCUUCCCUGCGCGGCGGAGAGCCGCCGUCCUCGGUUAUCCUUCUCCAUGCGGGACACACCGCGGUGCCGUCGCACCUGAGUUCUGGACGAGUCAUCCCCAUUUCUUGCCAGACCGUGUUGAUGGACCAAGAACUGGACAGCGAAGGAGCAGACCUCUCGCUAGACAUGCGCUAUCUCCCAGUUAGCGGUAGCGAGGGACCGAGAAGUAUCCAAUCGCAGCCUGGCCCAUUGGCUCACCGACCUUGUGGGACUCGGAGCUCAUAUGGCAGCGAGCUGCCGAUCACGCCGCACGACAGCCCGGAUCGGCGGCGGGUUGUAUCCGCUCCGACUGGGGACACAGGCAAUCAGUGGAACCCCGAAAAGCUGAACUUCAAUAGUAACAGCACGGGCAGCAAGGGGAGCGCUCACCUCAGGCGCACCCACACGUUCAACAGCGGGGAAGGUCAGGCCACCCACGCCCGAGCCCAGCGGACAUCGACGCCAGGACCUCAUCACACCCUCACAGACUACAGUCAUCUCUUGAAAUACAGUGGUGCAGAGCGGACUCCGUCUUCGGUCAAAUAGGGCUGGUCAGGGGUGUGUGGCUUGGCUUGGUAACCUUCUUCCUCACACGAGGGGUGGGGUUUUGCUGCAGAGAGGAGGAGGAGGAGGAGGAGGAGGAAGAGCAAAGCAGGAGAACGACAGUGAGAGAUGCUUGAUACCCUCAUAGGUGGCCUGGAGGGACCGGAAUGCCCCACUUCCCAAGCGUACAGUGUCCUAUUCCAGAUCUGCGCGAGAUACAAAAAAAGGAGAUUCUUUUCUUUGUGUGUGUGUGUGUGUUUUUGGGGUUCUCUUCAUCCUGGCGCUUCCUCAUUGGAUUCUUCCUUGCCUUUGCAAAACUCCUCCUCCUCCUUGAGGGGGUGGGCAGGCAGGGGCAGGCCCGGGCACUGCCCCACCCACCUGUGUGUGGGCAAAGGUACUGUUGGUAAGUCAGGAAGGAACAGCGAUCGCGAAACGAGUUGCGACGAUUAUCUGCUGCUAAGAAAAAAAAGAACGGGAAGGCUGCACAAAGCAUUGGGGGUGGCCCUCCUGGUUUCUUUACUCAUUUUCUCCCUCUCCUUCCCCCCCCCCUUAAUUUUGUUUUUGGCUGUGGAAGGGUGGCAGGAUUCUGUUUCGGACGGUGAAAGAGCUCUCCGAAAAUUACCAUUGUCCGUUUCGUUUCUCCUCUUUUCCUGUGUUUUACGUGGUUCCAGCGGGCCCCAUGCACGCCAACACGCACAGAAGUGAACCGCACUUUCUGAGCUCCUGCAGGGCUGCUGUUCCUCUCUAGGAACAAGAACUUUCUGACGGGGGGGGAAGAGACCCCCACGAUUCCCCUUCUCCUUGGUGCUACAUGGGGAUCCCACCACUGCAAACGUACUCCAGUCACACCAGCUCUGAGCACAGAAUUCCUGGGUGUUCUGUGGUCAGCGGACAGGCUGAUUGUGAUGGGAGGGAAGUGGGUCAGGCUGGGAAAUUCGCCCUAGCUUUCAGCAGCCCCCGGCUGGGCCCACCUGGGGAGGCUUUCCCGUUUUUUAAAAUGCUGUUUCUUGCCGAGUCACUCGGGUUGCGUUCGCACAACAUGCUAAAGCUGCCAAUUCCUGAACUGUGCUUUACAGAACGAAACUCCGGCUUUGCCUCACAGGCAGAAAGUAAACUAGCCAACCCUGUUUUAACCAUGUUAUGUGAACCUUUGAGAAGCUGGAGGGUGCGCUGGCUAGCUUGGUCUGAUAGGAGCACGCUGUAUGUUGAAUGGGUUUUAUCAAAUUUACAAAACGAGGUGGUGGAAGUAUGCUAGUUUCAUUCUGGGUUUCCAAAAGAUGGUGACACUUUGGCAAGCCGUUUGCUGAGCCUCGGGGUACUGGAAAGGGGGUUACCGUUACCUGCAGCGCCUUGUCCUGUCUCCGCACUCCAUGAAAGUUCCAUGCAUUCCUUGGACGUUCUCUACACUCCGUGGAAGUGCAUGCAUGGAAGUCCCGCGCCCUUCAUCAAAGUUCCAUGCAAUCUCUGGCUGUUCAGUGCACCCUGUGAAAGAAAGUUCUAGGCACUCCCUGGAAGUUCGGUGCGCUUCACGGAAGUUCCACGCACUCCGUGGAAGUUCCGUAAACUCCACGGAUGUUCUGUGCACUCUGUGAAAGUUCGGUGCGCUUUACGGAAGUGCAGUACAAUCCGUAGGCGUUCUGUAUAAUCCAUGGAAGUUCUGUGUACUCCGCGGAAAUUCCAGGACUGUGACAUGGAUGGGUUGUUUGGGGAUGUUCUAUUAACUCCGUGAGAGUUCUGUACCCUCGGUGGAAGUGACACGCACUCUGUGGAAGUUUUGUGCACUCCAUGGCAAUUCAAUACACUCUGUUGAAGUGCCAUGCUGUCAGGGUUCCAAGUAACACCCCUAACGAAAGUAACCCCUCCCACUUUCCCACGGUAGAAAAUGUGGCUGGCCUGAAGGCCCAAUGUUAAAGACGGCUUCCAGAUCUGACACGUGCACUCCAGUGGUGGGUUCCUCUCCCCAUCGCUACUGGUACACUGAGCACGGGGCCGGGCCUCCUGGUUGUGCACAUGUGCUGCGCACGCAUGGGCACUCCACCGCCCCUGUUGCUCAUCGGACACCCAGCUGCUCAUCGGAGGUCCCACAGGCCGCACGCUGUGCGCACAUGCACAAUUGGCCCAGUUGCUUUAAAAACAGGUAUGGAACAUGGGC